CUGUGCUUUGACCCAAUCUCUAACGAGCUAAACUUCUUGCAGGUGUUCAAAGCUACAACAAACAGCAUUAUAAGCUUAACUAUUAAAUCUAAACCUCCUAAAGGCACUUAUACAUAUUAAAGCAAUAAGGCUACUUUGCCUAUGCAUCUUCUAGAGAGUACACUGGCUAUGUGAUGUGUUCGCUUCAGCCUAAUGGCUACAGCAAGAUGGGAUGGAAUGCCAUUUGUUUGGUGGGUUGGUCACGCCAAUGAAAAGCAUACUUACUGGGGAGGAUCUCCUCCAGGAGCCCAGCGCUGUGCAUGUGGACUGGAAGAAAGCUGUCUGGAUCUGAGAUACUUCUGUAACUGUGAUGCAGAUAAGGAAGAAUGGACCAAUGAUACUGGCUUCCUUUCCUUCAAAGAACACUUGCCUGUGAACCAGAUUGUCAUCACUGACAUAAACAGACCUAAUUCUGAAGCUGUAUGGAGAAUUGGCCCUUUGCGUUGCUAUGGAGAUAGACAGUUCUGGAAUGCAGCUUCUUUCAGCACCGAGGCAUCCUGUCUUCUCUUCCCCACCUUCCACGCAGAAUUCAGUGCAGACAUUUCCUUCUUCUUCAAAACAACAGCAAGAUCCGGAGUCUUCUUGGAAAAUCUGGGAAUGAAAGACUUUAUCCAAAUUGAAAUAAACUCUCCUAAGGAGAUCAGCUUCGUGGUAGAUGUUGGGAAUGGUCCAGUCAAAGUCACUGUCCAGUCCCCAACCCCCUUGAAUGACAACCAGUGGCAUUACUUGCAUGCUGAACGGAAUCUCAAAGAAACUUCUCUUCAGGUGGACAACCUUCCAAAGAAGAUUCUGGAGGCACCAACUGAAGGACAUUUCCGAUUGCAGCUCAAUAGUCAGUUAUUUGUAGGAGCAACUGCUUCUAGACAGAAAGGUUUUAUGGGGUGUAUUCGCUCUCUUCAUCUAAAUGGGCAAAAACUUGAUCUUGAAGAGAGGGCCAAAGUCACCCCUGGUGUCAAACCUGGAUGCCCUGGACAUUGCAGCAGUUAUGGUAACCUUUGCCACAAUGGAGGUAAAUGUGUGGAGAAGUUAAAUGGCUACCUGUGUGACUGCACCAGCUCUCCAUAUGAAGGACCUUUCUGCAGGGAAGAGGUCUCUGCACUUUUUGAAGCUGGCACUUCCAUUACCUACAUUUUCCAGGAGCCUUAUCCUGUGACCAAAAAUGCAAGUACUACAUCCUCAGCCAUUUAUGCAGACACCUCAACAUCCAAGGAGAAUAUUGCCUUUACCUUCCUGACAGCACAUGCUCCAAGCCUCCUGUUCUACAUCAACGCUUCCUCUCAUGAUUAUUUGGCUGUUAUUCUCUCCAAGAAUGGAAGCUUGCAAGUCCGAUACAGACUGAGUAAGGACAGAUCCCUUAUAUUCACUAUUGAUUCUGGAAACUUUGCUAACCGAGAGCUGCACCAUGUGAAGAUAAACAGAGAUGGAAGAGAGCUGACUAUUCAGAUUGACCAGGUUCUCAAAGUCAAACACAACUUUUCCUCAGAUGCUGACUUCAGGGCUAUCAAAUCUCUGACCUUGGGGAAAGUCACAGAGAGUCAGGGACUAGAUAUAGAAGUUUCCAAGGUGAAUGCCUUUGGGUUCAUAGGAUGCAUGUCAUCUGUCCAGUACAACCACAUAGCUCCACUGAAAGCCGCCUUACGACAUCCCAGUAUAGCACCUGUGACAGUCCUGGGUUCCUUGUCUGAAUCAAACUGUAGAUCUUUGGUUGAAGUUGAUGUGAAUACAGCAACCACAAUAUACUCUUCAUCAGAUCCAUUUGGAAAGGCAGAUGAGAGAGAGCCACUCACCAAUGCUGUCAGGAGCGAUUCAGCUGUCAUUGGAGGUGUUAUAGCAGUUGUGAUCUUCAUCAUCUUUUGCAUUGUGGCCAUUAUGAGCAGAUUUCUCUACCAGCACAAACAAACACAUCGGAGCAGCCAAACAAAGGAAAAGGAAUAUCCAGAGCACCUUGACAGUUCUUUUAAGACUGAUGUUGACUUGCAGAACACAGUGAGCGAGUGCAAACGAGAAUACUUCAUCUGACAGACUCUCCAGCUCAUUGUUAUACUUUGGCAUUUCUUUGAUUAUGAUUAUGGGUUUUUUCUUCAUCCUUUUUUUUUUAAUUUCCCCCAUCCUUUUGGAAAGAACCCACUUUAAUGGCAGCAAUUGCAGUGCCUCAGUCUCUUCAUGAAAUGCACCACAGUUAACACCUAACAGCUCAAGCAACUAUAUGUUCUACCUAAGUUCCACAUAACAUGCAUGGUUGACUGUUUCCUGGAUUUCUGAAAUGUUGUUUUCUGGACCCAUUUAAUUUACCAUUUCAUGUCGGACCUGAGUGAUGUAUACUAGAGGUAAAGUGUACAAGCUAACUAUGUAGCAUUACAGCUAUUGCAACAAGGUAGUGGGAAAGACUAAGACCAAAUUAUCUCGUAUUUUUAAUUGUGUGUUUAAAAAGGGGACAAAUCCUCAUUUAUUUUGCAAAUUGGCAUAAUAACCCUGUUCCAUGUUGGUGGUGCUGUCUUGAGUUUGCAAGCUGAGGAUCUGGAAUGAUUUCCCCCCUCCAUGUCCUUUAACUCCCUUUUCAACCUUGUUGCUCUUUUAUUGUAACUUUUGAGU